CGCCGAUCUCGAAAUCGCUGGAGGAACGAAAAGCAGAACGAACUUGGAUUGAGCUUCUUCUUCUUCUCUACCUCUGAAAUUAGGAUUUUUGGAAGCUGCUAUGUUUAAUGGAAUUGCGUGAACCCUAGAAGAUAUUGGGUGUCUAGAUAUAUAUUGUUAUGGCGGCGAAUAAUAACCCCCCAGUGAAGAAUGUGGGAGGUGUUCAACCAGUUUUUGGUAAUUCAGGGGCAGUAAUGCCUCAAACUAUGCCGGUGAACCACCACCAAGCACCACCCCAUCUUCUCUCUCAGUCACAACAUCAAACACAAGGUGGGUCUCAGUUUCCUGGUCAUUUUCAGUUGUCCGAGCCGCAAACUCAAUCAUUGGCUCAGGCACAGUAUGCCCAGGCUCAUGCCCAGGUUCAACAUGCUCAGGCUCAGGCUCAACAAGCUCAUGCCCGCUUCAAAGCUCAAUUACAAGCCCAAGCUCAAGCUCAGGCUCAGGCUCAACCGCAGACUCAGUCAUUUACCCAAUUGCAAAAUACUGGCAGUAGUAAUGUUGGUGUAUCUUCACCCUCUAUUACAACGCCUGGCAUGGGAAGUGCCAAACGGGCUCCUCAUAAACCACCCUCUAGGCCUCCCGGUUCUUCUCCUGCCACUGCUUCACCAUUGAAAACUAUGGAAUUAACACCUGCUGCUCGUAGAAGGAAGCGAAAGCUUCCUGAGAAUAAAAUUCCGGAUAAAGUAGCUGCAGUUUUACCCGAGUCAGCUCUCUAUACUCAGCUGCUUGAAUUUGAGGUUCGUGUGGAUGCUGCUCUUGCAAGAAAGAAGAUUGACAUACAGGAAUCCCUUAAGAACCCACCGCGAGUCCAGAAAACCCUUCGUAUUUAUGUUUUCAACACAUAUGCAAACCAGACUGGGACGAUCUCUGAUAAUAAGAAUGCAGAGUCCCCUUCUUGGUCACUCAAGAUAAUUGGAAAGAUCUUGGAGAAUGGUACAGAUCCUGAUGUGGCUGGAAUGGUAGAGAGGCCUAACACUUCCUACCCAAAAUUAUCAGCUUUUUUCAAGAAAAUCACCAUAUACUUGGACCAGAGCCUCUAUUCAGAGAACCAUGUAAUUUUAUGGGAGAGUUCUCGCUCACCUGCCCUGCACGAGGGUUUUGAGGUGAGGAGAAAAGGAGACAAAGAAUUCACAGCAAUUAUUAGAAUAGAAAUGAAUUAUGUGCCUGAGAAAUUUAAACUCUCAGCGGCUCUGGCAGAAGUUUUUGGAAUUGAGGUAGAGACUCGCCCAAGAAUUUUAGCUGCCCUCUGGCAUUAUGUGAAAGCCAAGAAACUACAAAUUCCUAGUGACCCUUCUUUCUUUAUGUGUGAUCCACCUCUCCGGAAAGUAUUUGGGGAAGAGAAGGUGAAAUUUGCAAUGGUUUCACAGAAGAUAUCACAGCAUUUGACUCCUCCACAACCUAUACAUAUUGAGCACAGGAUCAAGCUUUCGGGGAAUUGUCCAGCUGGAAAUACUUGUUAUGAUGUGCUGGUUGAUGUCCCUUUUUCAUCAGAAAAGGAAAUGUCAGCUUUCUUGGCAAGUUUAGAGAAGCACAAGGAGAUUGAUGUUUGUGAUCAAGCUAUUUCUGCUGCUAUAAAGAAGAUCCAUGAACAUCGUCGGAGGCGGGCUUUCUUUUUAGGAUUCAGUCAGUCUCCAGCUGAAUUUAUCAAUACUUUGAUUACUUCUCAGAGUAUUGAUCUAAAGGCUAUUGCUAGAGAUGGCACUCGUAAUCCAGAGAAAGAGCACCUUUCUGAAUUCUACAAUCAACCAUGGCUUGAAGAUGCUGUUAUCCGUUACCUGAACCGCAAGCCUGCAGCUGGAAGUGACGUUCCUGGAAGCACGUAGUACGGGAAUUGUUGUCAUUUUAUUAGGAAACUUCCUCAGCGAAAAUUAACGUGUAUGGUUGUUUAAAGGAGAUAUGGGACGCCGCCCCUUGUGGCUAUUUUAGGACCUGCAACAGAAGCUUACACUGGCCUGCAUUGGCACUCCCAUGGGCUACUGGGCUUUUGUUUCUAUUGGAUUAGCCCCUCCUUUUAGACCGCCAAAGUUGAGCCAUGAUCUGCUUUUGGACCCACUCAUGGGACUUUGCUCCAUGUAUCUGCCUUGCCAUACGACGAUGGACUACAGCAACGUCUUAGUGCCCACAAAACUAUCUCUCUCUCUCUCUAAAAUUAUGCUUACUAAAUUUGUGUAUUAAAUC